AUGGUUGCAGCACCUCUGAUUCACGAUCCCGCCAAAUACAAGGACUUCCACGUCCACCAUGAGACAUACAAAAUUGUCUCUGGACACUCGGUGGAACUGACCAUCCUCGUGCCUAAAUUCCUGGUUGAGAAUGGUGAGUUGUCGGAAAAGACACCUUUAAUCGCUGAGUUCCAUGGUGGAUUCCUUGUCGGCGGAAAUCGACUCUUCUCCCCUUGGUUCCCUGACUGGCUUGUCGAGCUGGCAUUUUCCAGACGUGCUAUUGUCAUCACACCGGACUACCGUCUUCUCCCCGAAGCCAACGGCCACGACAUCCUAGAAGACCUAUCUGAUUUCUGGAAAUGGUUCUCCGAGAACCUAGAGACUAAGCUUGCGGGCUAUCACCCAGAAGCAAAGAUCCAGCCAGACUUCGAUCGCAUCUUAGCAACAGGCGGUAGUGCAGGAGGCUGGCUGGUUUCGCAGAGCAUGUUUCUGCACCCAGAGAUCAACAUUCAGGCGGCUAUUCUGCCUUAUCCCAUGAUUAACCUGCGAGAUCGGUUCUGGGCUGAGGAAUAUGAGAAGCCUAUCUUCGGUCUGCCAACUCUUCCAUUUGCUAUGGUCGAAGCUCAUAUGCAAAACCUGCCUCCUAAUGCAGUAGUUACCGUGGAUGGAGAUAUUGAGAAGGAAGGCGGCCUUACCAGAAUCCCAUUGGCAGUGAGCACUGUGCAAAACGGCAAAUUCUUGGAUUUCUUCGGCCGCGAGACCGAGCUGUUUCCCUUCGAGAACCUGACACGCGCAGAACGAAUUCCUCCCUUUGUUUGGGUCUUCCAUGGCAAACAGGACUCUGCAGUGCCUGUCUCAGGAAGUGAGAAAUUUGCGGCUGAAAUUCAGAAGUACCAGUCAAAUGUUGAUGUGAGACUUGAUUUGAAGGAUGGAGAGCAUGGGUUCGAUACCGAUGAGCAUCUUACUAUCUUUGAAGGGUGGAUGAAGGAAGGUGUUGACCAGAUGUCUGCUUAUUGGUAA